AUGACUCUCCCAGAUUGUGAAGUGCCAAAGAGGUUUAAAGAGGGAUCGUGGGGACUUGGUUAUUGCCCCAAGACCAACCAGUUUCAGGUUGUUAAAGUAUUCUCCUUGAAGCGUGAUGGAAAUGGCAAGAGAUCAACUGAUCUGCAUCGCAUGGUAUCCACAAUUGGGACUGGCACUUGGAGGAGCAUUACGGCUGUAAGGAAAUCUUUCGUUACAAGUUGGCGGACUAGAUAUGAUUCAGCAUUUUUCAAUGGAUCACUUCAUUGGGUUGUGUCGAGUGGUCUUGGAAAUCUAACGUGCACUUUCAAUUUUGAAACCGAGCAAUUUGGAUCGUGUCCAUCGCCUCCUUCUUAUGCUGGUAAUAACUUACAAUUGGUAGCUAGACAUUAG